AUGUCCGCACGAUUUUUGUUGGCGCUCGUUUGCGUGGCUGAGCUGUCUUCACUAAUAUCAGCGGGUGGCGGCGGUGGUGGUCACAAGAAAGUGAUCAUCCACGUCCCGGUGUUCGUGAAACACCAUCACCACAAGCACACAAUAGUCAAGCACAUCCAUCACAAGAGUGGCGGAGGAGGCGAUGACCACUAUGAAGUUCUUGGAUACACGUAUGGGGAGCCAAAAGCGGCGCCUCACUUUGGCGGAGGUCAUGGUUGGGGAGCGGCGGAGGAGAGUCACGGUCACGAGGACAGUCCCGUAAGCUUCGAAGGUGGUGACCAUGGUGGAUACGCGCUCAGUGGAGACGAGCAUGGCUACUGAAGCUAAAUUCAGG